AUGUCUUCAUCGUCUAAGAAUCCUGUUACUUCCAUAACCAAUCAACUCCAUAAUGCCAAUAUCAGAAACAUCUCUGCUAUGAAACUAAGGCAAGCAGUUGGGUCCGUGAAGGCACUUUCAGUCGCUACAGAAGAGAGAGUUUAUAACAAAGGAAAAGAUGGAAGCGGUGCUCAAGAAAAUCCCUGGAAUGUUUGCAAGUCUCACUUAAAUCUUCUUCCUUAUGAUGAUGAUGUUCCUCUAGAAGAUUGGAACUUUAGUCAUAGUGAAUGGACUAUUCAAUUCAAAAACAUGUUGCUUGAACAUCAUUCUGUCCAAGUAAUUGAUGAAGCUUUGGUGGAACUAGGACCAAAGAUUUCGACUGAUCCCCCAAACUGUCGGCCAACCUAUGGAAGUAUGAUAUCAACAAGAAUGAAGAUUGAUUUAAGCAAACCUCUCUAUAGAGGUGGGUGGUGGAACACAAGAGCUGGUGGAGUUACCUGGGUAAGAUAUCAUUGGGAACGUCAACCCCAUAACCUAUGUACACAUUGCUGGACAGUGAAUCACAACAAGGAGGAGUGUGCUAAUGUUGCUCAUGAUCUGAAGAUUCGCCGAUACACAAAUGAGAAGUAUAUCAACUAUAUCCAUGGUCUGGCUGAAACUUAUGGAGUUGAAAUAUGUGAAGACAUGGAUCUCCUUAUUCAAAGAAUUUGUGAGGCUAGUAAGAAACAGAUAAAUGAACAAGGAUAUGAUCAUGAAGAUACCAGACGACCCAAAAGUUCAAGGAGCACUGAAGAGGAAAAUGAUGAGCCCACUGAUGACUUGGAUAUCAAUGAACUGCAUUCGUCUCCAACUUCUAUUGAGUUUGAUGGAAUGGAGCACGAUUUGGUAGAGGAGGGAGAGAAUAUUACUAAAAUUUACCCCCAGGUGAUGGAUGAGGUUGCUGAUUCCCCUACUUUUUUGUAUAUGAAAAUUCUUAGCUGGAAUUGUCAAGGGUUCUUAGGUAAAGAUACUAGAGAUCAUCUUAUUUACCUCAACAAUCUUCAUCAUCCGGAAAUUAUAUUCAUCUGUGAUACUAAAAUCAAUGAUAGUAGAAUCAUCAUAUUAUCUAACUUUCUAGGAAUGCCCAAUAUGGCUUUUGCACUAUCUGUGGGUCUGGCAGGUAGUUUACUUUUAUUAUGGAAGGAUGGUUUUUCUCUUAAUAUAGAUCACCAGGAUGACAAAAUCUUUCACACACGAGUCACUAAUGAUGCUUGUAAGGGGGAAUGGAACACUGAUUUCAAUAACACCACCUCUAGUGCUGUCCUAGAUCUCAUUAAAGAUUCUGAUCUUACUGAUUUGGGUUUCUGUGGAAACCCUUAUACUUGGAGUAGUAAUAAACACGGCACAGGUAGAUUUAAGUCCAGGAUAGACCGAGCUUUAGGAAACAGAGAGUGGUACUUAGUUUACCCAAAUUCCAUUCUUAGACACAUCCCACAUUACGGUUCUGACCAUGCCCCUAUUUUGCUAGAUAUUUCAAACCAAGAUAGAAAUUCUUUUUCUGAGAAUAUUAAAACUGCUUGGUCUACUAAUUUUCUGUCUGAAUUGAUCUCUUUGCAAGAUGCUGAUGUGAAUGGUUCUAAUACAGAAGCUGUCAUUCUUUUAGAAAGCGAGAUUAGAAAGCUCAAUGAAAUACAAGCAAGCUCUAAUCGACAAAAGUCUCGUGACCACUUCUAUAAUGACAUGGAUAUGAAUUUGAGGUUUUUCCAUAUCAUAAUGAAUAGAAGAAAAUGUCGAAACAGAAUUGACUCUCUUAUGGCACCAAAUGGUACAUGGUGUAAUGACAGAGAUUCACUUUCUAAUCUUCUUAAACAACAUUUCCAGAAUAUUAUGACUACUUCCAAUCCGUCAAGCAUCCAACAUUUCAUCAGACACAUACCACGGUGCAUUUAUUUGAAAGACAAUGAACAACUUGAAGCCAUUCCUUCAGAACAAGAGAUCCACCAAGCACUCAUGACCAUGGAGCCAUGGACGUCACCGGGACCAGAUGGUUUUCCCCCUGGGUUCUACCAAACUCAAUGGCAAGUAGUGAAUGCCGAUGUAUGUAAGAUGAUUAAAUCUUUCUUUCAUUCCGGUUUUCUAGUUCAACAGCUUAACAACACUAUAGUCUCUUUGAUUCCCAAAGUUCAAAUAGCAAACAAACCAAAAUAUUUUCGUCCCAUUGCUUUGUGCAACACAGUUUAUAAAAUCAUCUCGAAGAUCAUUGCUUUGAGGAUGAAGAAACAUAUUGCAAAAAUUAUUUCUCCAAUGCAGUCGGCCUACGUAUCAGGUAGACUUAUCUCUGAAAACAUUUGCUUAGUGCAAGAAAUUGUGCAAUCCAUGAAGAGAAAAGAAGGAUUAGGAGGCCACCUUGCUCUUAAAAUGGACAUGUCUAAAGCAUUCAAUAGACUAGAAUGGAGUUUCCUUUUAGACAUUCUAAAACAGUUUGGGUUUUCAGAAAAAUUUCGACAAUUUAUUUCUCAGUGCAUUUCGACAACUCAUAUUGAAGUCAUGUUGAAUGGUUCCCCCACUACAUCAUUCAAGACGACUAGAAGAAUCAGGCAGGGUGAUCCGUUAUCACCCUACCUAUUUAUUCUCGCAAUGGAGUCUUUUUCAAGAUUCUUGCCUCACUGUGAAGCAACUGGGAAACUCACAGGUAUGAAGAUCUCUCGUUCUGCACCAAAAACCAACCAUUUGCUGUUUGCGGAUGAUUGUAUCCUGUUUUGCAAAGCCAAUGAUGCACAAGUUCAAAAAUUGCUAAGCGUGAUACAUCAAUUCUCCAUAUGCUUAGGGCAAUUGAUAAAUUUCAAUAAAUCUACUGUGUUUUUUAGUUCUAACCUUUCUCCUAAAGCUUGUCAGAAUAUCAGUGGAGAUCUUCAAGUCAGAUCACUGAAUAUCUCGGAUGAAAAAUACCUUGGUAUUCCCUUUUUUGUUGGUAGAAGAAAGCGCAUUCCCUUCUCUAUACUAUGUGACAAAAUGGAUCAUAGGUUUGCGAAUUGGAAUGGCAGUAACAUGUCGGAGGAAGCUAGAUCAGUUAUGAUUAAAAAUGUUUCCAACGCGAUUCCAAUGCAUCAUAUGACGAGUUUCAAGUUACCUGAUGUUACCAUUAAAAAGAUGAGUUCUAAACAACGGCAGUUCUGGAGGAAUAAGAAGUAA